AUGACACAUACGAAGUCGCUGUUCCUGACUUUGAUUGGCGCUGCUGCCCUGAGUCAAGCAGCCAAAGUCCAUUAUGAUCUCGACCUCACCUGGCAGAGGGGCUCACCAAACGGACACGAAAGGGAGAUGAUCUUUGUGAAUGAUCGUUUCCCAGGCCCGCCGUUGAUUCUAGACGAAGGCGAUGAAGUCACAAUAGAUGUGACCAACAACUUGCCGUUCAAUACAUCUGUCCAUUUCCAUGGCAUUGAGCAAACCAACACCCCAUGGGCGGACGGAGUAUCAGGUCUCUCGCAAUGGGCUAUCAAGCCUGGUGACAAAUAUCGGUACCAGUGGAAAGCCACGACUUAUGGUACAUACUGGUACCAUGCCCACGACAAGGACAGAAUAAUGGAUGGUCUCUACGGUGGCAUUCGUAUUCGUCCAUCUGCCGACCGGGAAUCACCUUUUUCGAUGAUCUCCGAUGACCCUGCCGAUAUCGAGGCCAUGACCAAAGCCGCUCACGAUGCCCAGUUGAUUAUGAUGUCUGACUGGGACCACUUGCCGUCUAACGAGUACAUGGAUGCUCUUAGAGAAACGGGCUAUGAUAUCUUUUGCUCGGAUAGUAUUCUCAUCGAUGGUGCAGGCUCCGUAUACUGCAAAGACCCUGACUAUCUGACAAAUCUCCAACCGGCCCAGGUUAGAGCAGUCAUAACUGAGCCUUUGACGGAUAAGGGAUGUGAUCCAUUCAUGCCAGUUCUUCAGGGUAACUGGGAGCACCACCCAGAGAAGCUUCCUGAGGGUUUGAACUCCGGAUGUAUACCCAGCGAGGGUCCGAAAUCAGUUUUUGAAGUUACACCUGCCGAUCGAUGGGCCAGUCUCAACUUCGUCAGUGCGGCAAGUCUCAAAUCCUUGAUUUUCUCCAUCGAUGAGCACCCGAUGUACAUCUACGAGGUGGAUGGACGUUACAUUGAGCCCCAGCUUGCCCAUAAAGUUUCCAUAUACAAUGGAGAGCGCUACUCUGUUAUGAUCAAAUUGGACAAGGAGCCUGCUAGCUACACCAUCCGUGUGGCUGGCCACGACAACCAGGUCAUCUCUGGCUACGCUACUCUCGCUUACAAAGGCGGCGAGCAAAACAAGCGCGAAUCAACGGCAUACAUCGACUACGGUGGUAGCAACACCACAGCAUCUGUGAUCGACCUGGACACAACUAACCUGCCGCCAUAUCCUGCAAUCCUGCCCGCGGAGAAUGGCGAUGAUUUCCAUCUCCUAACCCUUGGACGUAUCAACUCAUCCUGGGAAUGGACUUUGGACGGCACAGCCUUCUUACCUGCCAAUCUGGACCAAAUGGAGCCAGUUAUUCUCAAUCCCAAAGCACCGGGUCUGGAUUCUGCACUCAAGAUUGAGACCCUUAAUGGCACGUGGGUAGACAUUGUGUUCCAGCUUGCCAUCCCAGAGCCAACCAAGCUACAGCCACCACACCCAAUGCACAAACAUUCCAACAAGGCAUUUUUGAUUGGUAGUGCAAUGGGAAAGUUCACAUGGGGAUCCAUCGCUGAAGCAAAGGAGAGCAGCCCGGACAGCUUCUUCGAAACGCCUGUGUACCGCGACACCUUUGUUACCGCGCCGAACGGAGAAGCUUGGAUUGCUAUUCGCUACCAGGUUGUGAACCCAGGGCCAUUCCUCUUGCAUUGUCAUAUGGAGACGCACUUCAUGUCCGGCAUGGGAAUGGUCUUGUUGGAUGGCGUCGAUGCUUGGCCUCAAGUUCCUGCCCAUUAUCUAUAG